AUGGACGCGGCUGAGGUAGAGUUCCUGGCGGAGAAGGAGCUGGUGACCAUUAUUCCUAACUUCAGUCUGGACAAGAUCUAUCUUAUUGGGGGCGACCUGGGGCCCUUUAACCCCGGGUUACCGGUGCAGGUGCCCCUCUGGCUGGCCGUGAACCUGAAGCAAAGACAGAAGUGCCGGCUGCUGCCCCCCGAGUGGAUGACUGUGGAGAAGUUGGAGGAGCUGAGGGACCAGGAACGGAAGGAAGAAACUUUUACCCCCAUGCCUAGCCCGUACUACAUGGAGCUCACCAAACUCUUGUUGAAUCAUGCCUCAGAUAACAUCCCUAAAGCAGACGAGAUCCGCACCCUGAUCAAGGAUACGUGGGACACUCGCCUAGCAAAGCUCCGGGUCUCUGCCGAUAGCUUUGUGAGGCAGCAGGAGGCGCACGCCAGGCUGGACAACCUGACUUUGAUGGAGAUCAGCACGAGUGGGGCGUUCCUCACCCGGUCGCUUGACCGCAUGUACAAGCUCCGAACCAGCCUCCAGCCCUUGGAAAGCGGCACCCAGUCCCAGGACUUCUAG